GGAUAAACGUCAGUUGAACGGAUUCCAAGAAAAGCUCGCGUGAUUUAUCAGCUGCUUGCUCCGAUGAUUGUCAAUGAUGGUUAUGAUGAGCAGGUGCUAGUGUUCAGUCACAAACAGAAAACGCAUUGCAUAGCACCACUUCCUGUCUUGACGUCAAGCAUGACAAGAUUUCAAACCUAUUCAAGUUGACUGUUGGACAAAAGGGCUCGUAACGGAUAAUCACGACCGCAAGUCCUCCACAAGCUUCCAAAAGCAAGAAGGCAAUGGCAAAGGCAAUUCUCGGGGCUCUUUUGCAAUGGAGAUGAAAUUCGCUUUAUUCAUUUACUCAUUAGCCAAAGCAAAGGAAGUAAACCAUUCCAUGCCCAAACAAAGGAACCCAACACCCAGCUCCAGCAUGACAGGAAUAUUGUUCAAGAUGAGUUUUCACCUCAUGACUAGGGCUUCUUCAGCAGACAUUGGGCCCCAUAUCCCUCAAAACAAUGGCAGUCGGAGUGCAGAGGGUAAUAAUGAUCAUCACCAGGCUUUGCUUGACACGAAUAUUGUGCCGGAAAGAACAGGAAAUCCGUCAAUUGGAGCCCCCAACGAAAUUUCACCAAUGCUCAUUCAUUGAAAGUGAGAGCAAAAAACACAUGCACUCACUCCAUUGCUGGUUGGGAUCCAAGGAAUCCCGGUGUGUAGAAAUUGGUUGUAGCCAAACUGUCGGCAAGUCAUGCGAAGUGGUGAAAUCCAGGCUCUGAGUCAUAAUAACAAAGUGCUAGAUGUUUUGAGGCCUCUUUGACAAUGCACUCCCUGUCAUCCUUGGGUUGCAUUUCAGCCAUAACAUUUUUGCUCUGUUGCACAGUAUAGAUCAAAAAUUCGAACCGGCUCUGCUCAAUCCUGGGAUGGGGAUUAAAAUGUUGAUAAAUUCUCCCGAUGACCUUGUGAGACGCCAACAUGCUUUCCGUCCGUACGGCAGGUAAUAUGGUGGGAUUGAACUUUCAACAACGACUCAAUCCUGUUGAUAACAUUUCAAUUUUCGCCCAUCAUCAAGUUUCAAUUUUUGCCACGUCUGGCAACCCAAUGUGAGUGAACACGAUACGCGAUCUCAACAUGGAAAAAAACAGACUUUUUCCCGAGGCAUACUGGCUGUUUAUGCCGUAGUACCGUCAUCAGUAUGUAACAUGUACAGCGUACCUGUUAUCGUCGUAGUUGUUGGAGUGUGUUGUACUACAUGAAAAUGGAUGCAUCAGUCUUCGCCUUUCCUCCCCUCGUUCUCAUAAGCCGCAUCCCCAAAAGCCUCAGUGUCAUCCCCUUCUCAUUUUUCAUGAACACGUCACAUCGAACCGAAGGCGAAAUGACACGAAACUUGACUUGGGUUUCGUUGGAUGGACCAGACUAGAAGAGGUAGUAGCAGCAAUGGCAGUUGUAAUAAUGUUCCCCCCGCUACUGACAAAGGAAAUGGAGUCGUUCUAGUCUACAGUCGCUUCUGCCAAGGUUCCGUGGAAUGGGCCAAUUAUCUUCACAAACUCUUCACUGAGCUCUCAAAACUCAAGGGGAAAUUCAAUCUCAGUCACCUUCCUGUGGAAGAUCUGGCCGGAAAUGUCAUUCCCACUCCAAUGGAGGAAGACAUCUAUCACAGCCGCCUUCAGAUUGUCCUGUUGUCGCCCAUUUUCCUGGAGUUUCUUCGCUCCAAGCCCUCCUACAGCGUGGGCCGAAUCCUUCAUCCCGACCGAGUUCUGGCAAUCAUGCUCGGAGUUAAGGACAAUCGUAUCAACCAAGAUCAUCGCGAUUCGCUAGUGUCAUUUUCACAAUGGAUCCAUUUGGAGGCCAAGGAUCACGACAUGGAAUUCGUUCAGACGGUGAUUUACUUCUCCACUCAAAUCUUGAACAGAUCCAACGGAUCGACCGACACCAACUCGGUCAGCACCACAAGCAUGCGGCCGAAUCGGUUGCAGAAAUUGAAUUCAAUUACGAAUCUGCCCCAAAGCAGACCACAAACCUCGACCUCAAUGCGAGGUCGACUGGCCUCUGUCAGUACUCAGGCAGGCGGUGAAAGCAACUUCUUUCACGUUCAUCCCAAGAAGCUAACUGAGAAUCACAAUCGUCUAGUCUUGGUGUUUGAAACGCCACAAUCAGCACACGCUCACAUUCGAAUCCGAAUUGAACGCAUGAAAGGCGAUCAACCUGUGACCGAGAUCUGCGAGUGGAGAUUUCUCAAUCCCUACAAUAUCCAAGCUUCCUUGCCAAGUUGUUGCUUUUCCUCGACGACCCUGGCCGGAGUUAGGGUUGAGAUCGAUGGACAGGAAUGUGGGAUUAGAUCCAUAAAGCUCGAGUCCAUUCUUGGCGAGUUGGAACAUCUUAUGCGACAGACUUUGGAUCCCUUGGAUGUGAUGUGCCAAGCGUUUGGCAUCGUUCCACCAUGUCGGGAAACUUUGGACAAACGUUUGGCCAUGAAUCUUCGGGGUCGCCUCCCAACGUCAGGAUUGCACGCAUUAAGGCUUUUCAAUGAUCAUCCGAAAGAAAUCAUCAGACCUAAAGAAUAUUUGGAGUAUCCCACGUUACUUCAUUUCUCUGCAUAUCACGGGCUCCAUUAUCUCUGCACCAUUCUAUUGCAAUGUCCAGGUGCGAAUGUGGCCAACGAGACAAAAAAUGCUGCUGGCAUGACCCCAGCAGAGCUAGCCCAAUCCCAAUGUCAUUUUGAGCUUGCCGACAAACUUUUCAACUCUCAAGCCGAGAUAUCCUAUCCACAUAUCUACGAUUACAUACAGCAAUCCCGGAACAAUCCGAAUGAUUCAUCAUUGAUGGUAAAGCCCGUGGUGUCAGAGUACCAAGUACCCCCACCACCCCGACCAGUCCCGGGGAUGGUGCCAGCGCCACCCUACUUGGAUAUGGCUGGAAGUGGAGGGAGUGGCACCAGUUCCUCCACGGAAUCGCCGAAACAGAAACGUCGCCCUUCUUUUAACAUCUUAACCCAAACAUUAAAAUUCAGAGCUAAAGCUGGGAAAGAGAACCAGAACUUGGGGAAGUCGAGCAAAAUGGAGUCUCCACCACAUCAAGAGCUACCCCCGCCCAAAGAUCCAUAUGGAACCAUGCGAGCUAAUUCUGGACGGGAUUGCCGAAAAAUCUUGGAGGAAGAGGAAGAAGACAGCAACCACCAAAAUGAGGAUGACGUAUUCCUUCCUCCGAUUAACAAGUCAAGCAGUGCAGAUGACCCAUUUGGCACCUUGAGAGCUAACCGAGCUCUUCAUAAGACGGAGAGUGCUUGGAUGGAUUAUCGUGGAUGCUCCGAGGCCAAACCUGGGAGCAUCGAAGAUGAACUUGCAGUUACGAACGAGCUACUUCAAAUGUUGGAGGACUUCAAGACCAAGUCAUUGUCCCUAAAAGAAAUGGAAAUCAUGUUUGACAAUUGGAGACGGAAGGCAUCGUAUUAUGAUCAAGAUUUGCCAAGAAGGAAAAUCAAGCCAAGUGAGUUUGAAGAGAUCAAGGAAAAGCUAAGGAAAUACAAAACCAACUCGUCAUUGGCAAAAUUUUUCAAAUCUAAUCCUGCUAAACCCGCUGUAUCCAUGGAUGACCUGCAUAUCAAGACCACCAAAGAAACAAAGGCAAACAAAAGAACUUCCCUCAUCACAGACAAAAACGGAAACUUUAACAAUCCAAAGCCUCAGUUGGACAACGAGACCAUAGUUGAAAGUGAGCUUUGCAUUAUCAACGAAAGUGAGAUGAGCAUGGUUCAGCUGCCUCCAACCCCUCAAAAGCGAAACUACAACGAAUGCCACGUGGAGGGCGUGUCGACCCAGAUCUUACCUCUCUCCCGUCUCUCCAUGUCCAGUGGAUCUUCGCCAACAAUCUCAGAGGUUGGCAAGAUUUCCACUGGAUCAGACCCCAAGGAUCCAAUCCACGUCAGAGAAUCUCAGGGAACGCAAACCCCUAAACCAGUUUCCCCGUUUCGUGAGAAGCUGGCAAAGCUGAGGAAAUCUCUCACGGAACCUCUGUACCAGUAUUUCCACGAAAUUCAACACUCUCCAGAAUGCGAAGAGCCAGAGAUAUUGAACACACCCAGAUCCUUGGUACCUUCAUCACGAUCGUUAUCUCCGGUCCAAGGACUGGUUAAGCCGUCAAAACGAAACUUGUUGAAAGAUCUGGAGGAUGACACUGAAGAAGAUGAAGGUGCAAUUUGUAGCAGCGAGAAUGGAGAGCACGACCGCAGCUUGCCCUACAUUAAUCUUCCGCCUCCACCCAUAGUCACAGAUAUGUAAAACAUAGCUGGUUUGCUAACGCAAAUUCAAUAAAAUCGUA